CAACAGCCUUUACUCAUCCACUGGGUCUGCGAUGCUCUACACCCACACCCAAUCCAAAUAUGUGAUUUGUUCGUAAUGCGCGCCCAAAUCCAUUUUUCUAGUUCUUCACUUUUCUGAUCGGUCAUCGGUGCCUCCCCGUUCCCCCGCCUCUCUCAAAUUUUCUAAACAGAUCUUGAAUAUGUUUUGUGAAGUGGAACUAGCAAGAGAUGUGGAAGUCAUGGCUGAAAAUGAAAAGAGAGAUGGUUUCAACAACUUUCACAGGUACAUUAUAACAUGUCUAUUAGAAAACCUAUUGAAGGAGAAGGCCAGCAGAGAUCAUGGCUAUUUUCUUGCUGUUACUAACUUGAAAAGCAUAGGCAAGGGAGAGGUUAAGAAUGAGUCUCAAUCUCAAUGCAUUUCAUUCCCGGUGACGUUUAGUUGCCGAACCUUUUUGCCUUUCGAGGGGGAGAUCUUGCACGGAGUUGUUCGUCACAUAUUUAGGCGUGGAUUACUCUUAAGAUGUGGACCUAUCAAGUAUGUGUUUCUCUCAGCUCGUAAAAUGCCAACCUACCGUUACGUCGGUGGCAAAAAUCCACUUUUCUCGAGUGACGAAUGUGCGACAAUAGAAAACGACGUGGUUGUACGUUUCAGUGUGCUUGGUGUGAGAUGGAUAGAGAAGAGAGGAUGCAUCAAAAAGGAGUUUGUGAUGCUUGCUAGCUUAGAAGGUAACAACUCACUCGGUCCGAUUUCUUCGUCCGAAUCGGAUGAGUUUGACUUGUAAAUCUAGAAACAAAAACAUGGAAAUGUUCCAUUGUAAUAUAAAAUCUUACAUGCCUUACUGAUUUCUUCAUUUUGUA